AUGAACCUGAUACAGUCCACUGUCCUUUUCUCUUUCCUGCUGCAGGCAAUGUCUGGCCUGACAGAGGAUUGGCAGAGGGCCACAUCUAUUUAUGACUUCUCAGCGACAGAUAUCGAUGGCAAUGUGGUUUCCCUGGAGAAAUACAGGGGGAAUGUUGUCAUUAUCACCAAUGUUGCCUCCAAAUGAGGUAAAACCCCAGUGAAUUACUCUCAGUUUGCAGAAAUGCACGCCAUGUAUGCUGAGAGAAAUUUGAGCAUCCUCGCCUUCCCUUCUAACCAGUUUGGGAAUCAGGAGCCAGGCAACGAAACUCAGAUCAAGCAGUUUGCUGAGUCAUACAAUGCCCAGUUUGACCUGUUCAGUAAAAUCGAUGUGAACGGGGACAAUGCUCACCCUCUGUGGAAGUGGCUGAAGGAGCAGCCCAAUGGGAGGGGCUUCCUGGGAAAUAGUAUCAAGUGGAAUUUCACUAAGUUUUUGAUCAAUAGAGAGGGGCAGGUGGUGAAGAGAUAUGGACCCCUGGAUGAUCCAAGUGUGGUGGAGAAAGAUCUUCCUCAAUACCUUUAAUCCCAUAAUGGAUGGCUGAUAACUCUAUCACUGAUAGUUUAUCCAUUUUCCAUUGGCCUUUCCCUUCCUUUCUCUGUCUCUCCAAGCAUCAGUGGAUAAAGUUUGGGUCCACCCCAGACCAGUGACGGUCUAUUUGUAAACCUGCAUAGCGGACAAAGCAGACCUGAUAAAAAUGGCGUGCAAACCUUCUGGGAGGAUUACCAAGAUUAUUCUCAUUUGUUUCUCUGGAUAGAAGGAGAAGG